AUGCGCCACCUACCCGUGGCGGAGGAGUAUUCUUUCCUCAGUCAAGCCGAAACGGCCUCCCGACUAAGAACUUCAUUAACGCAUGGCCUCACACCCUCCGAAGCUCUCUCGAGACUGCGCGACCACGGUCCGAACGAGAUCCCCCAUGACCCGCCCGAGCCUCUAUGGCUGCGCUUUAUUGGACAGUUCAAGGAACCGCUCAUACUGCUACUGCUCGUAUCUGCCGGCGCAUCGAUUCUCCUGGGAAAUGUAGAUGAUGCCGUGAGCAUCACUGUGGCCGUCACAAUCGUGGUGACCGUGGGAUUCGUGCAAGAAUACAGAUCAGAGAAGUCCAUUGAGGCAUUGAACCAUCUCGUGCCGAAUCAUGCGCACCUGAUUCGCAGUCAGCUAGCGAAACCCGCUGGUGGUGCCCGCUCACCAAAUUGGCCGCCUUCCAAGGAUGAAUUGAGUAAUGGAGACUCUUCGGGUGCUGCGACACCCGCAGAGGAGAUCUUAGAGGCUACCUCCUCUAAAGUGAUGGCUGCCCAGCUAGUGCCCGGCGAUCUCAUUCUUUUCACUACUGGCGACCGCAUACCCGCAGAUGUUCGCGUUACCAAGGCCGCAGACCUUACCAUUGAUGCGUCGAAUCUUACAGGAGAGACUGAGCCUGUGAGGGUCACAGCUGAACCUCGGUCGCGGACGCUGCUUUCCGCUGGGCUGCUGGGAGGCACCUCACUACAGCUCCCAAGCCCGUCUUUCGCAACUCAGACCGAAUCCCCACAUUCGCCCAGGACUGACCCGGAUGUACACAACAUCGCUUUCAUGGGAACUCUGGUCAAGUCAGGUCAUGGGCAAGGUAUUGUCUUCGCGACAGGAGGCAACACCCAGUUUGGCACUAUAGCAACCAGUGUUUCUGGAACUGAGAGCCCUCGGUCGCCGCUCCAGCUUUCUAUGGACGAGCUUGGUGCACAGCUGAGCAAGUUCUCAUUCGUCGUCAUUGGUCUUAUAUCUGUUGUAGGGUGGCUUCAAGGGAAGAAGCUACUGGAAAUCUUCACUAUUUCGAUAUCUCUGGCAGUUGCUGCCAUUCCAGAAGGUCUACCAAUCAUCGUUACUGUAACCCUGGCUUUGGGUGUCCACCGUAUGGCCAAGCACAACGCAAUUGUCCGAAAGAUGCCAAAGGUCGAGACCUUGGGCUCUGUCAAUGUUGUAUGCUCAGACAAGACAGGCACUCUUACCACAAAUCAUAUGACUACGGCCAAGAUGUGGUACUUCGGUGCUGACAAGGCCGUCGAUGUGGAUUCAGACGAUGAGGCUACCGAAUCUCAGCCAGAUGCAGCCACGUUGAGAAUACUACGGAUCGGCAAUAUCGCCAAUAAUGCGCGUCUUGCCCGACGGUAUACAGAGAAUGGAGCUGCCGCCAAAGCCGUGCUCUCGUCGACUCAAGGAAGAGAUGAGGCUUCAACCUAUACGCGAUGGGUAGGCCAACCUACAGAUGUCGCUAUGCUUGACCUCCUUGACAGAUUCAAGGAACAUGAUGUUCGAGAUUCGAUAGGCCCCCGUGUCACUGAGACUCCUUUCAGUUCUGAACGAAAAUGGAUGGGGGUCACCAUCGGUGCAGACGGCGGGAAAUCUGACAAGGAGUUUGCUUAUAUCAAAGGCGCGCUUGAUCGAAUCCUAGAGGCAUGUGAUACAUACAUAACAAAGGACGGUCGAGAAUUCGUUAUGGAUUCAAUCCGCAGACAAGAAGCGAUCGACGCAGCCGAGACAAUGGCGAUCCGUGGUCUCCGUGUCUUGGCCUUUGCCAGUGGUCCAGUUACUAAGUCUAGCCGUGCCAAGUCUGGUGGGACGUCCGCGGGCCGAAGCGGCACUCCGGCCGGAGAAAAAAGUGAGAGUCCUCAUCCGCAGACUCAUGAUGAAUUACACAAGGGUUUGACCUUUGCUGGCCUUGUUGGCAUGAGUGAUCCUCCGCGACCCGGCGUCGGACGCUCAAUUAGGAGACUGAUGCGCGGCGGGGUCAAGGUAAUCAUGAUCACAGGCGAUGCUGAAACGACAGCAGUCGCAAUUGGACGACAACUCGGUAUGGAGAUUGCCGUACCUCGAGAGCACAGUACUAGUCAGGUGUCUGUGAAACCCGUACUUACAGGAAGGGAUGUGGAUGAGUUGUCCGAGGACGACUUAGCCCUGGCGAUGCAAAAUACCACCAUCUUUGCACGAACGAAUCCUGACCACAAGAUGAAGAUCAUCCGAGCGCUUCAGUCGCGCGGUGAUAUUGUUGCCAUGACCGGAGACGGCGUGAAUGACGCUCCAGCAUUGAAGAAGGCGGAUAUCGGUAUUGCGAUGGGUCGACACGGAACAGAUGUUGCAAAGGAAGCUGCCGAUAUGAUAUUAACGGAUGAUGACUUCUCUACGAUCCUCCACGCCAUUGAGGAGGGUAAGGGAAUCUUCAAUAACAUCCAGAAUUUCCUAACUUUCCAAUUGAGCACCAGCGCUGCUGGCCUAUCGUUGGUGUUGCUCUGCACGUGCUUGGGUUUCAAAUCACCUCUCAAUGCCAUGCAGAUUCUUUGGAUCAAUAUUAUUAUGGAUGGACCUCCCGCUCAAUCCCUUGGUGUUGAAGCUGUUGAUCCUGAUGUGAUGAACCGGCCUCCACGGAAACGGAACGACCCCGUUCUCACGCGCAAAUUGAUUCAACGGGUGGCAACAUCCGCGUUCAUCAUCAUGUUUGGUACUAUGAUGGUGUACAGGCAUGAGAUGCUUGAGGAUGGACAGGUUACCCGCCGCGACACAACCAUGACUUUCACCUGUUUUGUGUUAUUCGACAUGUUUAACGCCCUGACCUGUCGAUCCGAGUCUAACUAUGCGCCGCUACUCGACUCGGCCGCUCCGAUGUCUUCCCUCCCCAAUGGCGUCUCUACAGUCACAAGGGACCGGAGGUCGACCGUCAGCGGCGCCAGGCCUCACGACAACGACAUUGCUGCCGCCACGGUACUCAGCAUAACCGACCACGAUUCCAUCCGCAGUGCGUCCUCGCCCGCCCAGGUCCGCGCAGCACUCGCAGCCCUACACGCCCGCGAGCACGGCCUCACCGCCCGCCUGGGCGCCAUGCUCGCCUCGCAGGCGGACCUCGACCGCGACCUGGGGCGGCUCGACAACCUGCGUGCCGGGCUCGGGGCGCAGGUCAUCGCGGCGCGCGGCAUCGGCAACGCCAUGCUGGCGGGUGCGGCGGACACGGCGGGGCGGCUCUCGGGCCGGGUGCGGCAGCUCGACCUCGAGAAGCAGCGGGUCGAGGACACGCUGCGCGUCGUCGAGCAGGUCGCCGAGCUCAAGGCGUGCGUCGCCGGCGUGGUCGGCAGCAUGGGCGCCCCGCAGGACUGGGAGGCCGCGGCGGGCUACAUUGCGCGCGCGAGCAGGGUCCCCGAGGAGAUUGUGCGCGGCGGCUUCGCGGCCGCGGUGGUGCCGACCGUCGAGGUGCCGGAUCCGCCGUGGGUGACGCUCGAGAGCGCGAAGGAGUCGCUGUGCGGGCUGUUCCUGCGGGAGUUUGAGAAGGCCGCCAAGGAGGGGGACGGGACCAAGGUCACGCGGUUCUUCAAGCUGUUUCCUCUGAUUGGAAGGGGAGACGUUGGGCUCGACGUCUACGGCCGAUAUGUUUGUCAAGGUGUGGCGGGCACGGCGAGAUCUACGUUGAAGGAGGGCACUGGCGGCCAUGGGCGGAAAGAUGGCUUCUUCUACGCAAACGCUUUGACGAAACUGUUUGAACAUAUCGCACAAAUCGUGGAAGGCCAUGGAGGCCUUGUAGAAAGGCAUUAUGGCACCGGCAAGUUGGUCAAAGUCAUCGAGAGACUUCAGAUGGAGGCCGAUGUCCAAGGAGGCAUCAUACUUGAUUCUUGGAGUGACGAGCGAGGAAUUGAUAGAAAACUGACCGAUGUGAAGAGCUACCCCUUCUCAUUCUUGGUUCAGAGCUUGCUACCUCAGCAACGAGGCAUAACAGGAACACCAAGAGUCAACUCUCCAGCCCUCGGUAGUGGAUCGAACAACCAGCGGGACAGUGAGGACGAGGGCGUAAACAUGAAGGAAGUGGACGGUUUGCUUAGCGAGAUUGCCGUGAUGCUGGGACGGUGGUCCUUGUACUCACGAUUUCUCGCUGGGAAGUGCAAGGAGCCAGAUGCGCCCGAAGACGCCCCUCUCGUCACUCCAGAAGUACUUACAAAAGCCAACCUAAGUCGAAAGGUUUCUGGCAAGCUUACAGAACCAUACAAUACCAUGACGACCUUUUUCUGCCGACGUUCAGUGGAGAAGGCUUUCCAACUAGAUGAACCUCCCACGGGACUGUCGCUUAACAUGCACAGUCCUAUCGACAGCAAUCCGCCAUUCAUAAUAUCAGCAGUUGACGAUGUCAUGUACAUUGUCAAUACAGUCAUUCAAAAGUCAAUGUCAACGUCUCAGAGAGAUGUGAUCGCCCAAGUUAUACCUAAUGUGGGGCGAGUGCUCAGCUCGGAUUUCGUCCGCAUGAUCCAGAGGAAGAUGCGCGACGAAUCAUACCCUAAGCCCGCGAUACAAAGCGGCUUCCCGCCCGAAGACAAAAUUGUGUCUUUCAUCGUGCUGAUCAAUAGUCUCGAUGUCUCUAACGAGUAUCUAGAGCGGAUCGUGGACACACGACUAGGCACCUCAAAGGACCAGAGGAACGGAGCGGGGCCCCACACACCGCUGAAAGACUUCUUUCCCCUCGAGCGUGAUGCUAUCUUUGUAGCAAACGCUCUGGCAACAUUGAACUCGGCAUUCUCCACAAAAACUACAGAGCUCCUGAAUGAAGGCAUACAGGUCCUGUUUAACCAGGUGGUAAAGCCUCGCCUACGACCUGUGCUUACUGACACCUUCCGAGAUGUCGACUACACAUUCACAGAGGAUGAGCUGGCUGAGCUUGCCGAGGCGAAUGACGAAGACGAGGAGGAGCUUCUAGAGGCAGUGUCCCGUCGGUUUGAGCACGGAUGGGAUGCUCUCAUGAAGCCGAUAUCACGAAUUAUGACCCCCAGCACAUUCACCACAUUGUUGGACUUGACUGCGCGGUAUCUAUCCCGCCUCCUAGAAAAGCGAGUUUGGAGUUAUGCGGGACGUACCAAUGCAUUCGGCGCUAUCCGCAUGGAGCGCGACUUCUCGGGCAUUAUCAGCACGGUGUCCAAGGGGAAUUAUAGUGUGCGGGAGCUGUUUGCCAAGGUCACACAGAUCCUCAUGGUGGCCAACAUGGAGGAUGAUGAGUGGGAGGAGCUGUCCGCUGAAGAUCCGGAGACGGGCAUACAAUGGGUGCUGAGCGAGGACGAACGGAGGAAGGCCAGGAACUUGGUACGGGUUUAG